AUGGCUCUCCAAGCUCUCAACUCUCCAACAGCCGCAGGAGCCUCUCCUUUCCGCUUCGAAGAGGCCGCCAGUAAAAUCAACUAUGUCGAGCCCUGGACGAAACGCAAGCGUUCCAAGCGUCCACGCCUAGACGGCCCUUCCGCCGAGGAGGAGUACCUCGCUAUCUGCCUCAUCAUGCUCGCUCGAGGCGGUUCUGGAAGCACCUCUGCCGCCACCACCGCAACCGCCACUACGGCAACAAACUCCGCCGCCUCACACCACAUGAUCACCCAGUCCCCUUCUAACGCCUCACAUCAGGAGCCGUCCAUUUCAGCACAGCCCGCGAAGCUGAGCUACAAGUGCUCUGUUUGCAACAAGGCCUUCCCUUCUUACCAAGCCCUCGGAGGGCACAAGGCCAGCCACAGAAAAGGCGCCGCUGGAUCCGCCGCCGAAGGCCCUUCCACGUCAUCAAACACCACCACUUCGGGCACCACCACUGUAACCGCUUCCGGCAGGACCCACGAGUGCUCCAUCUGCCACAAGUCCUUUCCCACCGGCCAGGCCUUGGGCGGGCACAAGCGCUGCCACUACGAAGGCGGCGUGGGCGCCUCCACAGCCACAGCGCCGGCCACAACAACGAGCGCAGUGACUUCCUCGGAGGGAGUGGGGUCCACUUCCCACCAGGCGGUGAGCCACGGCCACCGCGAGACCUUUGACCUGAACAUGCCCGCGCUGCCCGAUUUCUUCUUGUGCGGUGAAGACGAGGUGGAGAGCCCUCACCCGGCGAAGAAGCCCAGGAUAUUGACGAUCAUGAAGCCCAAACAGGAGAUUUCCCAAAAUUAG